CGAAGCCGGCGAGCGGCGCUCCCCCCAACCCCCACGCCACGCCAAGGCGCAGGCGCAGGCGCGCGGGGUGCGGCCGCGGCGCUGAGAGCGGCGGCGCCAGGCGCGGGAAGAUGGCGGCAGCGGCAGCGGCGGCGGCGGCCGAGCAGCAAAGUUCCAAUGGUCCCGUAAAGAAGUCCAUGCGUGAGAAGGCUGUCGAGAGGAGGAAUGUCAAUAAGGAGCACAAUAGUAAUUUUAAAGCCGGAUAUAUUCCAAUUGAUGAAGAUCGCCUCCAUAAAACGGGGUUGAGAGGGAGAAAGGGCAAUUUAGCCAUCUGUGUGAUUAUCCUCUUGUUUAUCCUGGCUGUCAUCAAUUUAAUCAUAACACUUGUUAUCUGGGCUGUGAUCCGCAUCGGACCAAAUGGCUGUGACAGCAUGGAGUUCCACGAAAGUGGCCUGCUUCGGUUUAAGCAAGUAUCUGACAUGGGAGUCAUACAUCCUCUUUAUAAGAGCACAGUAGGAGGAAGGCGGAAUGAAAACUUGGUCAUCACGGGCAACAACCAGCCUAUUGUUUUUCAGCAAGGGACAACAAAGCUCAGUGUAGAAAAGAACAAAACUUCUAUUACAAGUGACAUUGGUAUGCAGUUUUUUGACCCGAGGACUCAGAAUAUCUUAUUCAGCACAGACUAUGAAACUCAUGAGUUUCAUUUGCCAAGUGGAGUGAAAAGUUUGAAUGUUCAAAAAGCAUCUACUGAAAGGAUUACCAGCAAUGCUACUAGUGAUUUAAACAUAAAAGUUGACGGGCGUGCUAUUGUGCGUGGAAAUGAAGGUGUAUUCAUUAUGGGCAAAACCAUUGAAUUUCACAUGGGUGGUAAUAUGGAGUUAAAGGCAGAGAACAGCAUCAUCCUAAAUGGAACCGUGAUGGUUAGCACAACUCGCCUACCUAGUUCCUCCAGUGGGGACCAGUUUGGUACCGGUGACUGGGUACGCUACAAGCUCUGUAUGUGUGCAGAUGGAACUCUCUUCAAAGUACAAGUAACAGGCCAGAACAUGGGCUGCCAGAUCUCAGACAAUCCCUGUGGAAACACUCAUUAGAAGAACCCGCGAGGCCACCAAUAUGUUCAUAUCUUGACCUUUUUUUAAGAGUGUGCAUGCAAAUCAUGUUUUUAGAGAGUUUGCGAUAACUCUUACUUUAUCCGCACAGCACUAUUGUGUCUAUUAUAUGACCUCCAUAUUGAAAAGAUUCUCAGAGAGCCUAAAUUUUAGCACAUUUCAUUAAGUUGCACUGAUCUUCAGAUGGCAAUUCUCUAAAAUAAUUACCAGAAGUGAAUAGAAGCAAAAUUAAUCUGUAAAGAAGUGUUUUUAAAACUCCACUCUUCCUGGUCUAAAGAAUAACUCUUUAGGCCACUCACUAUAAGAAAGCUUUUGGUAACUAACGGGGAUACAUCCACUUAAGAUGGUUGAAAGGGCCACCAUUAAUAAAUGUCACAUGCUCUGUCUUUUGGCUUCCAAGAGAAAAGACAGAUUUUUGAUGCAUUAAUUUUCAGCUAUAUUCUCAAUGCAAGUGAAGUCAUUAAAGAAUUUCACAUAUGUGAGCUGGCAUGAAACUAUGGUUCCUUAGUUUUGCACCAGGAUGAAAAUACUCUGUAAUAGAAUGUUUACUUGUUAAAUACUGAUAAGUCGUGUUCACAGUGUGGUAGAAAUUGAAGCACCGUCUCAGCUUUAACUAGCAAACGAUGAUAGCGGUCAUCUGCUGUGCAUCUUACACACCCGAGGCACUGUCCCAGGCAUCUUGUGUGUGCAAUCUCUAAUUCUCACCACGGCUCUGCAUGUAGGUGUUACUAUUCCAGUUUUACCCAUUAGGAAACUGAGGAUCAGAACAGUUAAGAAGCUUGCCUGAUGUCACAUGGAAAAGAGCAGGGUUGAGAUUGGAAUUCACAUGGGAUUCCAAUGAAAAUGUACCUGCUUCCAACUCCCAUGUUCUGUUCACUAUCUGCACUGAAGUCUUAAUUAUUUAAAACUCCAGAAAAAUGAAUGAAGAGUAACUCAAACUUACCUAAGUAGAUAAGAAUCUAACAAAACAGUUAUGCUUACUCAGGUUUAAAAAUAAAUAAAA